UGUCUUGACCGCUUUGGCGAAUGACCGGUUUUGGUCAUUUUGCCAAUCAGUGAUAAAGCUUCUCUUGACUCGAGACAGUAACGCCGCAACACCAGACCAGCGCUUAGUAGAUUGAUAUAUCUUCCAUCUCUUUAUAUCGACCUUGAUGUCUUUUGAAGAGAUCCUUAAUCUGCCAGGCUGAUGUCGGUGCCUUCCAGCGUCUUGCGCUCUGCUCCUCACAAUGUCCCUAAACUCCCCUCCGCCACAGCAGCAUGUCGAGGAUGGCAUAGCCCUAUAUAUACGGUAAAACCAGGCUCGAGAAGUUUAGCUACGGUUAACCAGGGCUCAAAAACACAAUCAGAGUUCUGGUUUACUGGAUCAGCACCUCGCCCGAACAUUCCGAGUCCAAACGGCAAUGAACCUCCCAACCCCCCAGAUGAACGAAAAGUCAAGCUUGGAAAAACGCUUCGAAUCCUUCAAGAACGCCUCCCCACUCUCCUGCAAUCACCACUUCCCCAAGAAAUCCUUUCACCCCAGAUAACCCUCCACCUCUUCCCCUCCACGCACCCACACCUCCCCACCGUCUCCGGACGUGUUGCCUACUCCGCUGCCCUCUGGACCUCUCCUAUAGCAUGGGGCCGCGUACCUCUCGUCGGGAAUGUCAAGCUUGAGAUACUCUCCGAGCGUAUGAUCAAGAGCCCCCGGCUCUCGCACUCCCCUCUUCCGCAGUCCGCCACGCGGCCGGAACAACUGAUCGUGCGAUGGCGGACGAUCGGGAAGACGAAGAACAAAGGCACGGGCGGCUUCUACAAGGGCAUCGGCGCCAGUGAGAACGUGGACAAGAUCACGGAGUGGCUGGGCGGCGGCAAGGGCGAGGAUGAUAGCAAGGAGUUCACGGGGUUGUUUAUCUUUGAGUUCGAUGAGGAGGGCAGGAUUGUGUCCCAUACGAUUGAACACGUCCAGGAGGGAGGUAAUUGGGAGAAGGGUGUUGGAGCUAAAGUGGUAGGCCUGACGGAUUGGUUAUUGGGUGGGAUGAAGAAUGGCAGAGGCGAGGACGGAACGCCGUGUCCGGCUUUCUGGGUUCGGACGGAGGAAUAUGACUACAGGAGGAGGAGGAGUAGUUGAAAUGUAUGAAGGGAUUGCAUUUGUACGAUAAUGUGGCGUUCAGGGAAAAGCAUAAGUUCUGGCGGGUCGAGACUCCCGAUGAUGUAUGUAAAACUUCAAUGUUGUAUUAAGAGAUCAAUCAAAGACACCGCUC